AUGCCUAAGACUCGUGCUCAAAUAAAGGCUAUAGGAACUUCAGGCUCCAGGAAGGAUGCUGAGAUCAUAGGUGCAGAUGGGACAGGGAACGACUCUUCGGAUACCGAUCUGGUCAUGCCCAAACGUCAGAAGAGGAAACGGGGUGUUAACCACCGUAAAAUGGCAGCUGCGCGGAAAGCAGCUCAACCACCUUUCAUAUUCCCUCACUGUAAAUUCCCUCCUCCCAAUGAAUUUGCAGCUGCUAUACCGAUUCCAUUGCCGGAAAAUGACAUAUCGGUCUUCACCCCGGACACCACCUAUGAAAAGAUCGCUUCUCGUCUUCUCAGGUUGAUGGUCAAAGUCCCAUACAUCUCUCUAUUCCCGUAUCCUAUCGUUGAUGUCAAGAAACCGGCCAAACGCAGGGGACGAGAUCGAGGUGGUCACAAGAAAGGUGGGGAUGACAAGUUCUCCUUCACUGCGUCUAGUAUGAUGGCAUGGGAGAAAGGAGAGGAGAAAAAAGUUAGAAUGGGUAUAUUCGUCGGCACCCAGCCUAGAGAUUCCGUUGGUCAUACGUGGGCAAUCGCCAUAGUAGAUGUCGAGGAAGGGAAGAUGGUGGUGAUAUACGAUUCAGACGCUAAACUCACUUACGAUGCUCAAGGUGAAAUCCUCUUCGAUAAGGAUCUUCAUGCGCCCCAACGCGACUUCCUCAAUUGUAUAAAGAGUACGAAGAAGGAGAAAGCUGGGAAGAUAAACGUCAAGUACUUGAUGUGGGGAGGACACGCAUCGCUAAGCAAUGAGAGUCGGGAUAAGUGUUUGGAAAACACAUUAAGAUGGAUGGAAAGCUGCGAAGAUAGGAGCACGUUGAAAAGGGCUAAUUUGAAGGAGAAUGGUUUUGUCUUUAUCAACUAUAACCCCAGUCCUACAGCACGCCAGACGAUCUAUCAUGAAGUACAAAAUACUGACCAUCAACAUGGAGAAACUUCAACUAUCGAGCCUGAAGAACCAGAGUAUCAUGAAUGGGAUGUUAGCUCUGAUUCUACCGUGGAAGACCCCAACGAUGAAGAUUACGUUGGCGAUACUGAUUAG